CUGGCCCCAUAUGUUGAUUUCUACAGAUUUCUCGAGUAUCAGAAGCCCGCUAGCCGUUAUCCCGGUCUGGCAAUAUCUCCUCGAGCCCUUCACGAAACAAUUACACGCCGAAAGCAUCCCACCUAUUUCUAAUCAAUCACCUUCCUAAUCGGGCCACAUUAAUGCCUCGCUCUGCGUCAGGAGAUCGGCCUCGUUCUUGGAUGCCCCGACGCUGCCGCAGGCGCUCUCGAUUGUUGUACUGAUAUAAGUGACGAAUUUGAUCGCUGUCCUCUCUCGUACCGACCCAUCGAUACGGAGGAGGUCGACGACAUGAGGCCUCCGCGAGAAAAGAUGGAUUUCACGAGGAAGAAAGGCUGCAACGAGAGCGCGAGCCUCCGAUGGGAUUGUGGCUUAACAGAGAUCGAUUGCUACUUCGUCCGCGAUUAUGACAAGAAUUUCCCUGCUCUAGAAAGCAACUUCCUUGGGAUGAUAA